UCGGUAGCUAACUGUCGACAGGAACUGUAGGAAAAUGUUCAUUUUGUUUGUCCUAUUAACCGUUGCGCUUGCUAUUUACUGGGUGAGAAGAAAAUAUGCCUACUGGAAGCAUCGAGGCGUUCCCUAUGUGGCGCCGAGCUUUCCGGUUGGAAACCUUAACCAGACACGCUCCCUCGCACUCCAGAUGCAAGAUGUGUACGUGAAGUUGAAAGAUUGUGGAAGGAAAUUCGGAGGAGUAUUCUUUUUCGUGGAACCUUUGGCGAUUAUACUGGAUUUAGAUUUUGCGAAAGAUGUUUUCGUGAAAGACUUUCAAUAUUUUCAUGAUCGAGGAGUUUAUAGUAAUGAAAAGGCAGAUCCAAUAACAGCGCAUCUCGUAACGAUGGAAGGAACUAAGUGGAGGAAUCUGAGGGCAAAGCUGACGCCAACUUUCACUGCCGGUAAAAUGAAAAUGAUGUUUCCGACAAUCAUUGGAGUAGCUGAGGAAUUCCGGAAGUGUAUGCAAGUAGAAGCGAAAAACGGAGGAGUAGUGGACAUGAAAGAGUUCGUUGCCCGAUUCACAACCGAUGUCAUAGGAACCUGUGCCUUUGGGCUGGACUGCAACAGUUUAAAAGAUCCAAAUGCGAAGUUUCGUCGAAUGGGAAGAAAAAUCUUUACUAUAACUCCUAGGAUUUUCCUGCGAAGGAUGUUCUGUCUCACGUUCCGAGAUCUGGCCAGAUUUUUAAAUUUUCGUCUGUCGGAUCCAGAAGUAUCCGACUUUUUUAUGAACGUAGUACGAGAAACAAUUGAGUUUCGUGAAAGGAAUAAAAUUGAUCGGGAUGAUUUCAUGGAUCUAUUGAUCAAGUUGAAAAAUGCGGAUCCGAUUGACAAUGGAACUCCAGCGAAACUGAACAGGUUAACAUUCAAUGAAAUUGCCGCUCAAGCUUUUGUAUUCUUUAUAGCCGGAUUUGAGACGUCAUCUGCGGCAAUGUCCUUCUGUUUAUACGAAUUGGCCCAGAAUCAGGAGAUUCAGGACAAAGCAAGAAAGAACGUGCAGGAAGUUUUAGCUCGGCAUGAGGGAAAAAUGACGUACGAAGCAGUUCAUGAAAUGAGAUAUAUAGAAAAUUGCAUUAACGAGUCACUUCGCAAGUAUCCACCAGUUACGAAUAUUCUCCGCAACACAAGCAAGGACUAUCAUGUUCCGGACAUGAACGUCACCCUGGAGAAAGGUUACCGAGUGUUGCUGCCGGUUUACGCAAUCCAUCACGAUGCACGGUACUAUCCGGACCCUGAAAAGUAUGAUCCGGAUCGUUUUAGUCCAGAGGAAACCGCCAAGCGUCACCAAAUGGCAUUCGUUCCCUUUGGCGAUGGUCCUCGCAUUUGUAUCGGUAUGCGCUUCGGUAUGAUGCAAGCCCGUGUUGGAUUGGCCUAUCUGUUGCAGAAUUUCCGUUUCAAACUGUCACCGAAAACUUCACGUCAGCUGGAGUUUCUGGCCUCAAAUGCGAUUCUCGCUUCCAAGGGAGGUUUGUGGUUGCACAUCGAAAAUCUAUGAAAGCUACGUUUUCAGUCAGAUAUUCAAAAUCUAAUUGUGUACAACAUUCUCAAACCACA